AUGUCAUCUUCGGUUUGUUCGUAUUACAUGAGAGGAGCAUGCCGGUUCGGCAACCGUUGCUGGAACUCGCACGAUCUGGGAUCCGUUCGCACCGACAGCCCGUAUCAUAUGGACGAGGAGGAUACCUCAGAUGAGGAAAUCCACUUUGUUGUUGGAGCAAGAAGGGAAACUACUCCAAUGACUGCUUCUCCAAGUAGUAGUGCUUCUAGACCUAGACAACGAAAUCAAGUUCUUCCCGAUUCAGCAAAUAAGUCAUCGGAAACUACUGAAACUGCAUCAUCUGCAUCCAAAGACAAAUGGUGCUUGAAAAAUAUUAAUACUGGAGAAACAAGAGCAGGUUCACCCGAUAGUGUGCUUGUAGAAACUGUAAAAAAAUUAAAUGAAGCUGACAAUUUGGUAGUAUCACUUCGUCAACAGCUGCGUGUUAAGAAUGAGGGAGACAAUUUCUCUUGGAUUGAACAUCAAAUGGAACAAUGCCUUGAAAGUGAUCUACAAUGUAAUAUAUGCUAUGAAAUGUUCAUCAAGCCAACUGUGCUCAAUUGCUCUCAUACAUUUUGUCAUGAAUGCAUAGAGUCAUGGACCCGAAGAGUUAAUCACUGCCCAACAUGUCGAGUUUAUGUAAAAAGUAAAUCAUACUGUCUAACUUUAGACACCUAUUUGGACAAAAUAGCUGACUGUUUACCAGAUGAAAUAAAAACAAGGCGUGAAACUUUAAAAGUCGAGCGCAACAAUAAUAGAGUAGAGGUUAAUAGAAGUCGAAGAAAUAAUGCAAGGAGAAGAAACCAUAGAAAUCUGUCCAUGCGUCGAACAUUAGGUGUAUUAUGGGGUGAACGUGAUCGAGAUGGUGCUGAAUGGAAUAUUGCGCUGGAAGAAGCAUUAUUUGAUCCAAUACGUUUAGGCGAUGUAAUUGGUAGAAAUAGAGAUGAUAGGGACGACUGGGAUGAUGAAUUGUCUGAUAGCACCCUAGACAGUUAUGAGUACUUUUGCUCUUAUUGUGACAAUAUGGGACACUCAGCGUCCAACUGCCCCAUAUCCAUAAUGGAGGAGACUGGUGAUAUAUGGUAG